AUGGGACUGUUCAAUGUCACUCGUCCUGCUUCCUUCCUCCUGACUGGCAUCCCUGGUCUGGAGAGCUCUCAUGCCUGGCUAGCAGGGCCCCUCUGUGUCUUGUAUGCCGUGGCCCUUGGAGGCAACACUGUAAUCCUGCAGGCCGUGCGCGUGGAGCCCAGCCUCCAUGAGCCCAUGUACUACUUCCUGUCCAUGCUGUCCUUCAGUGAUCUGGCCAUGUCCAUGGCCACACUGCCCACCGUGCUCAGGACCUUCUGCCUCAACGCUCGCAGCAUCCCUUUUGAUGCCUGCCUGAUCCAGAUGUUUCUCAUUCAUUCCUUCUCCAUGAUGGAGUCGGGCAUUCUGCUGGCCAUGAGCUUUGACCGCUAUGUGGCCAUUUGUGAUCCCUUGCACUAUGCCACUGUGCUCACCAAUGAAGUCAUUGCUGGAAUGGGCAUGGCUGUAGCUGCUCGAAGCUUCAUCAUUGUUUCCCCAUUCAUCUUCCUGUUGAAGCGACUGCCUUACUGUGGUCACCAUGUCAUGGCCCACACAUACUGUGAGCACAUGGGCAUCGCUCGCCUGGCCUGUGCCAACAUCACUGUCAAUGUUGUCUAUGGGCUGACUGUGGCCUUGCUGGCCGUGGGUCUGGAUGCCAUCCUCAUUGCCAUUUCCUAUGGCUUCAUCCUCCAUGCUGUCUUCCGCCUUCCAUCUCAAGAUGCCAGGCACAAGGCUCUGAGUACCUGUGGCUCCCACCUCGGGGUCAUCCUGGUCUUCUACAUUCCUGCCUUCUUCUCCUUCCUCACCCACCGUUUUGGCCAGCACCGAGUCCCCAAGAAUGUGCACAUUUUCCUGGCAAACCUGUAUGUGCUGGUGCCUCCUGUGCUCAACCCCAUCAUCUAUGGGGCUAGGACCAAGGCGAUUCGGAGCCGACUUCCCAAAUUGUUGCAUGUGAGGAUGGUCUCAGUGUGA